GCUGAGUCACUGCAUGUGUCUGAGCUUCAGUCAGAAAGCGAGCAGGGAGCAGAGGUGAUCUCACACUCAUCAGCACAGGAUAACACAACCAUGAUGGGUUGACUUGGGGGGGGUGGGAGGCGGGUUGGAGAGAGGAAGUGUGCAUUCGGCCACCACUUGCUUCAGCCAUGGAGACCAACAAAGUUCUUCAUUUCGUGCCUUCGGAGGCGCCUCCCUCUGGGAUGUCCAAGAAUGGAUACUUCUUUCAAGAAAUGGAGCAGCGGGAGGCGGAGCAGGAGGAGGGCAGCGAGGGCCGAGAGGAGGGACAGGACUCGCCGAUCGCCUGCGGAGAUGACAUCCACCUCUACGACAACCAGAUCAGCCCUGGGCCGGAUGCUGAUGACUCUGGUUGUGUGUUACUGAACACGUCAAGGAGGUAUGUGAAGCUGAUGAACUUUGAGGAGGAGGUCCGGGCUCACCGCGACCUGGACGGCUUCUUGGCGAGGGCCAGCAUCCUGUUGGACGAGACGGCCGCCUCCCUGGACGACGUUCUGAAGAGGAUGCUGCACCACGUGGGCCAGGACAGCCACGUGUCCGAGCCCGCCUGCAACUUCGAGGAGGUGAUGAGCAUGCUUUUCACAGACGCAGGGGCUCAGGAGGUCAACGACAAGUCUCAAAGUUUCGUUUUCUUUGAUGACGUUCACCUGCUGUCGGAGACCAUCCAGGGGGUGACGGCGACGGCCACCGGGGUCCAGUACCAGCAGUCCUGGCUCUGCAUCCUCUGCAACGUGAAGCAUCUCCAGAGGCGUCACGUGUGCAUCUCCCGCCUGGAGAGGCCGCAAAACUGGGGGGAGAACUGCUGCGAGGUCCGCUAUGUCAUCCUGAUACUGGCCCCGCUCAAAAUGAAAAGUACCAAGACGGCGAUGGAGCUGGGCCGGACGUUCGCCACCCUCUUCUCUGACAUCUCCUUCAGGCAGAAGCUGCUGGAGACGAAGACUCAGGAGGAGUUCAAGGAGGCUCUGGUGUUCCAGAGACACCAGCUGACGGCGACCAACCAGCAGCCCACCGUCCUGGGGAAGGAGGAGACCGACCCUCGCAGCCACAAACCCCUCAAGUGUAAAGACUUCUUCAAAGCCGGCCGGGGGAUUUAUGAGGACUUCUGCCGCAGACUGCCUUUCUACCCGUCGGAUUUCACAGAUGGUAUCGUCGGCAGUAAUAAAACCCUCCUGAAGUACAUGACCACGGCCAUCUUCCUCUACAUCGCCAUCCUGCUCCCCGCCAUCGCUUUCGGCUCGCUCAACGACGAGAGCACGCGUGGAGAGAUCGAUGUUCGUAAGACCAUCAUCGGCCAGAGCAUCGGCGGAGUCAUCUACUCGCUGUUCGCCGGCUCUCCCCUCGUCAUCCCUCUGACCACGGCUCCCCUCGCCAUCUUCAUCAGCGUGAUCCGAGGAAUCUGCGACGACUACAACCUGGAUUUCCCGGCUUUCUACGCCUGCAUCGGUUUGUGGAACUGCCUCUUCCUCAUCCUGGGAGGAAUCUUCAACGUCAGCCUGCUCAUGAAGCUCUUCAAAAGGUCGACGGAGGAGGUCAUCGCCCUGUUCAUCUCCAUCGCGUUCGUGGUUGACGCCGUGAAAGGCACCGUCAAAAUCUUCCACAGGUACUACCAUGCUCCGACGCUGGCCAACAGAAGCAUCGAUGACUAUUCUCAGGGUGGAGACCUGCUGGGUGGGAACAGGAGCGAGGUGGCGGCUGGCUUGGCCUUCAACGCCCUCCCAGAAUCCUUCAUCCAGUGCACCAGGGAGAGGCCCGUCCUCUGCCUCCUGCUGAUGCUGGGCACGUUGUGGAUGGGCUACACCCUCUACCAGUUCAAACGGAGCCCUUUCCUGCAUGCCAAAGUGAGGGAGGUGCUGUCGGACUGCGCCCUGCCGAUCUCCGUGCUCCUGUUCUCCUUCAUCGGCUCCUACAUUUUCAGCGACAUCGAGCUUCCAGUGUUUAAAGUUCACGACCGUCCCAUCUUCGUCGUGGCUCCAUUCGAGCGUCUGUCGGCCAUGAACGUCGUCAGCGCUAUGGGCCUCGGCUUCCUCCUGGCGCUGCUCAUCUUCAUCGACCAGAACAUCGUGGUAUCGCUGACCAACGCUCCAGAGAACAGGCUGCUGAAGGGGACGGCCUACCACUGGGACCUGAUGCUCUCCGGCCUCAUCAACAUCCUGAUGUCGGUGCUGGGCUUGCCGUGGAUGCACGCCGCCUUCCCCCACUCCACGCUGCACGUUCGCCAGCUGGCCUUCGUGGAGCAGCGCGUGGAGGGAGGGCACCUCUACGAGACCAUCGUCCAGGUGAAAGAAACCCGUCUGACGUCUCUGGCUGCAAACAUCUUCAUCGGCGUGUCGGUGCUGCUGCUUCCCGUCCCGCUGCAGUGGAUCCCCAAGCCGGUCCUGUACGGCCUCUUCCUCUACAUCGCCCUCACCUCCAUCGACGGCAACCAGAUGUGCGACCGCAUGGCCCUCCUCCUCAAGGAGCAGACGUCCUACCCGCCCACCCACUACAUCCGCAAAGUGCCCCAGAGGAAGAUCCACUACUUCACCUUCCUGCAGAUGAUGCAGCUGCUGGUGUUGUGUACGUUUGGCAUGUACCCGAUACCGUACAUGAAGAUGAUCUUCCCUCUGUUCAUGAUCCUCCUAAUCCCCAUCAGGAACAACGUGCUUCCUCAUAUCAUUGAGGCCAAAUACUUGGACAUAAUGGAUGCCCAACACAUGUAGCUACAGAUGGACGCGAAGAAGCUCUGGAUCCACCACGAAAAAUUAAAAAAAAAACAAAAAAACAAAAGGGACGUUUGGAAUUUAAAAAAAAAAAUAUAGAUAUAUAUAUGAUGAAUAAAGGAGAUGAGGAUUCUCACACAAAAAAACAUAUUUUUCAAUGCAAAACUGUUAACGGAAGCAAAAAGAAGAAACAAAACCGACUGUUUUGAUUUUUUUUGAUAAGGACAUUCUCACGGGCGAAGCACUGGAAAAACGCGGGAAAUGAAGCAAAGCGAAAGAGUGUGGGAAAUGUUCGAUCUUUUUCCCGCCAGAAAUGGAGGGAAAUGGUCCAAAGGAAAGAAAACGGGACCGUCCAGAACUCCCUGUUCCACCUCUGUUCGACCCUGUCGGAUUGUUCGGUGCCAUAACGAUACCUCCACCUUCUCCUUUUUGUUUUUUUUUCUCUACAUUUCCCGCUUUACAAUAUCCUCACUGCAGUGUCUGUGUUUUUAAACCUGUGGGCAAGUGCUUCAAGUACUCACUAAUACUGUGUAAGUAGCCGCCAAGUGUACGUCGCGUAGUACUAGCACAAUGUAAGUCUGAUCUCUUUCCACACGUUUUGUACUCGCAUUGUGUUUUUACAUACGUGCACCGUGUUGAUAAGUACUUAAAUACUUUUCCGUGGGUCCAGCUGGUGUGGAAACGCUGCAGUCUGGCUGCUGUAAAGCAUCUGUCAUCGUGCAGCGUUGAGAAAACCCGUUACAUUCCUGCAGCUGUUUUUUUCUAGCCGUUUUUCUGUUUCCUACGAAGGACGCUUGUCGCAGUUUAGCAGGUUAAAAGUGUGUGUGUGUGAGAGUGUGUGUCCUUCAUCCUAAAAAAAAAACUUAUUUUUUAAGUGGAAAUUUAAGGAAAAAAAGCUACAUUCCACGGGUAUAUAUUAUAUGUAAUUAUUUAGAAUGACAGCACAAACCAAAACAUAUAGUAAAGUCUUUAUCAAAUUAUGAGUAUAUUUGAAUAUAUUAUGGCAAUAUACGAGAAGAUACAUGCUAUAGGUCAAAUUGAGAUAUUUAUUUAUCACCUUGACAUCUUUUUCUCCUUUACAUUCCGCAGUUUUCUUGUGUUUUUCGAGUGUUUACAUAUCAAAAAGCCCCUUCCAGCUCCAACACAGUUCUGGUGAGUCGCUACGAAGGCAAAAGGUUGAGGAAAAAAUACACAUUCGAGAGCUUUUGGAUUCAAAAAUGCAUCCUUUUUUUAGUUUUUUUUUUUAUUUGUGAACACGUGUUCCAAGUUUUAGAAUAACCCGGUCUUGUUUUUUCUAUUUAGAUGUUAUGAUUAGAUCAGUGCUUGCAAACGUUGUCAUGUAAUAAUUCCAGACGUCUGGAGAGAUUUAUCUUGUUAUCUACAGUUCGAAAAAAGCUAAAAAAAAAAAAUAAAAAAAUCCACAAAAAAAUGUAAUAGAGAAAAUUUCUAAGCACUGGUUUUUGCUUAAAAGCAUGUCUCAUCUGGGUUUUUUUGAUACGAUGUGAUGCCAACGGACAUGUAACCUACACGAGUUAUAGGAAAAAAUAAAAAAAACACAAGUAGCAAAGUCAAACAGUAACACUAAAAAUGAAUGCAACGCUCAAUAUUCAGCAAUACUGUGUAUAAAAGCUCCACCGGUGAGGGUUUUGGAAACCGUCACCGGAAGCAAUGGCAGGCGAAGCUGUGUUUUUUAAGGCAGCAACUUUUCAGUCGAAUAAUAAUAAUAACAAUAAUAAUGAUAGACAAAAAACACAACUGCUCUGUGCUGAUUCAAUUAUUUCACACACAUCGAAAAUGAUUAAAAAAAAGAGUUUCGUUGCUUUCCCGAUAUCCAAAUGGCAGCUCCCUCAUGUUCAACUUUGUCUUACAGACGCGAGAAAGAUGUCCAAUUUAAGCAGAUGUCUCACGCUGAGAUAGCAUAAAAAGAAAGGAGGAAAAAAGAAAGAGAGGAAAGCUGGGCCGCAUUUGCAUAAUCCCUCGGACUAAGCCUUAAGACAGCACUGGUGGAAGAAGGAAGGGAUGGCGAGGUGUGGAGUAAUAUGUACAGUUUGCAAUGCAGAAGUUUAGUUUUUAAUCGACUCCUCCAUUCUAAUCCACGGCAGAACGGUGUUAGUUUCUAACUCUGAGGCCGUGAUUCCCAGAUUCUUCUUCUUAUGUGACAGUACUGUUGUCGUUCCUCGAUAUCUUCACCGUACUGGACGAUCCUUGGGAUAGCAGCGAAAACUUUCUCUCAGAGGACUCAAAUUCUGGAUUCAGCGUGAAAGACGUACUACUCUUGUUUGUGGAAACCUCGACUCCCUUCCUCCUCCUCCUCUUCCUCUCUAAUUGGAUUUGUUUGAAACUGUGGUGUUAUUUUUAUUUUUAUUUCCUUUUUCUUCUUCCCCUCGACUCCCCUCGAUUUCAUAUAGCCUACUUUUUCUAAUCAUGAAUGUAUGACGUGUGGGUUUUUAUAUAGCAUAUUAAUUUAGGUGUCAAACAGAAUCUGUAAUUUUUGUCAAAAAGAUCAGCUAUAUUUGUAAAGCUGUAAUAUGUAAAAACGAGAAAAAAAUGGUUAUCAAACAGAAUGUGUUGGUUUACUAUAGUAUAUAUAUAUACUGUACACUGAAAAAGAGAGACUAUCUCAAGCUGUUUGCCAAAUAAAGAGUAGUAGUGAUGUACA